AUGCUCCCAAAGGAAGAUGGAUGGAUAGAAGUCCAGCGAACGAAAACGGCGACUCGAUAUGAGGAACAAGGGAAACUAACUACUUUCUACGUCACUGGCUUCCCUCGCGACACAUCGAAACCGGAGUUAUGGAGACCUUUCGGCAAGUUCGGCCGAGUGGUGGAUAUCUAUCUAAGUGGGAAGAUGGACUAUCAAAAGAAGUAUUACACCUUCGUAAGAUUCAAGGUGGUGGUGGAUGAGAAACUACUAGAAGAUAAGUUGCAAGGAAUAAAAUGCAGAAACAUAACCCUUAAAGAAUGGCUAUCCAAAAGCAUACUCAUCGGUGAAGCACACAACUUCGAUCAUAUUAGAAGCAUGACGGCCUCACUGUUAAUGAAUGACGACGCCAAAUAUCUUGGGGGGCUUAACAUGGCUCUGAGAUUCAAACACUCUAUGGAUGCAAAGGAAUUUUACACGACAAAAGCAGUCACGAUUAUAGCAGAAGGCAAAAUAUUCAUAGUAGGUGUGGUAGAGAACACUGAUGACUGGUACCCAUUUCAUCCUGCCCCAUUCGACAAAGUGGAGGAAGAUUCGGAAGAUGACACCGAUAGUAUUAGGGAUGUUGCGGACGUAGAUGAUGAUGACGAGGAUGCUGUCUCGGAUACUUGGAUAGGAGGAAACAUCAAUGAUCUCGAGGAAGGUGAAAUUUGUGAUGAUAACGUCACAGAGUGCACUCCUGAGAUGUUAAUUUCAAAACCAAAUGAGAAUUUAAGGAUUGAUGAAGAAAAUGGUGCCGCAGUGGAUGUUGGUACUGUAAUACCCGUUACCAGUAAUUCUCAAAGACGUCCGACGACUACCCCACCGGAAUUGAGUGCGGACCAGAAUCCUAGAGCUUCUCUGAUGUCUACCACGUCAAACGGUGGUAUCGAUCCCAAGGACACAAUUAAUGAAAUUAACGUUGAGAUAAUAUCUCCCAUUAACUUGGAGUCGAUUGAUAUUCUCGGAACUUUGGUUGAUACAAAGAUACCUGGGGAGUGUCCACAAAAUAAUGAUAGCAUUAACUUCGUCAAUAACGGUGAAAGCAACCUUACAUAUCCCAUUGGUGCCAGUCCAGGUAAUAACCCCUUUGGGACCAUUCAGAACUUGGUUCCGUUUGGGUGCUUCAUCCCUUUUCCUUCCACCAAUCCACCCCAGUUUAAUUUAAAGGCCCAAUUAUUUGACGCCACAAUGGGGAAUGAAUCAAACAGCAGGGAACCAAGGAUAAAAAAAUAA